AUGCUGUCCUGGCGGCUGCAGACGGGCGCGGAGAAGGCCGAGCUGCAGGAGCUCAACGCCCGGCUCUAUGAGUACGUGUGCCGGGUGCGGGAGUUGGAGCGCGAGAACCUGCUACUCGAAGAGGAGCUGCGCGGCCGGCGCGGGCAGGAGGGCUUGUGGGCCGAGUGGCAGGCCCGCUUCGCCGAGGAGGCGCGCGACUUGCGGCAGCAGCUGGACGAGCUGAGCUGGGCCACCGCGCUGGCGGAGAACGAGCGCGAUGCGCUUCGACGCGAACUGCGGGAGCUGCAGCGCCUGGACGCGGAGGCGCGAGCCGCCCGCAGCCGCCUGGACAACGAGCUGAGCGCGCAGCGGCGGGAGCUGCAGGAGGCGCUCAGCGGGCGCGCCGCCCUCGAGGCGCUGCUGGGCCGGCUGCAGGCCGAGCGCCACGGCCUCGACGCGGCCCACGAGCGCGACGUGCGGGAGCUGCGCGCGCGCGCCGCCGGCCUCACCAUGCACUACCGCGCCCGCGCGGCCGGCCCCGCCGAGCCUUCGCCGCGCCUGCGGGAGGUGCACGACAGCUACGCGCUGCUGGUGGCCGAGUCGUGGCGGGAGACCGUGCAGCUGUACGAGGACGAAGUGCGCGAGCUGGAGGAGGCACUGCGGCGCGGCCAGGAGGACCGACUCCGGACGGAGGAGGAGACGCGGCUGUGCGCGCAGGAGGCGGAGGCGCUGAGGCGCAAGGCUCUGGAGUUGGAGCAGCUGCGCGCGCGUCUGGAGCAGGAGCUGCUGCGGAUGCGGGAAGAGUACGAGCUACAGGCGGAGGAGCGGCAGAGAGUGAUUGAUUGCCUGGAAGAUGAGAAGGAGAACCUCACCUUGGCCAUGGCUGACCGGCUGCAAGACUAUCAGGAGCUCCUGCGGGUGAAGACUGGCCUCAGCCUGGAGGUGGCCACUUACCGGGCCUUAUUGGAAGGAGAAAGUAAUCCAGAGAUACUGAUCUGGACUGAGCAUGCUGAAAAUGUGCAACCAGAAUUCAGAAGCAAGGCCUAUCAAUAUACUGACUCAGUAUUACAAAGGGAAAAUCAAAGAAAUCUGUUCUCAAGGCAGAAAGCAACUUUGGCAAGUUCAGUUCCCAGCUCGGCAGUCUACUCCCACCGGUCCGGGUACCUUGGGUCUCAGACAACCACAUCUACUGGAGGUGCUGCUAGAAGGGGCUUCUUGGGCUCGGGAUACCCUUCCGUGGCCCCUGCCUGGCAGGAAAAUUCUUACGGAAAAGUUGUCAACAGUCAAACCAGCUUCAGAACUUUUUCUCCAACCUAUGGUCUUUUAAGAGAUACUGAAACUCAAGUGAAAACAUUCCCAGAAAGACCAAAAGCUGAAGGUACAAGGGAGGCCCCCACUUACUUAGCCAAAGAUACCACAGUUGUCCAGGAGUCGCACCAAGACAAUGUGGCAGCAGGUGCUUCCAGAAGCACUCGGUUAAAUGAGAGGACUGUCACUGUGGAAAAGAAAACCACAAGGGAGCAAGAAGGAAGCAAACCAGGAACCAUCAGAAAAAGGCAAGAAGAGAAAAUGUUUGAUUCUAAAGAGAAGGCUUCAGAGGAGAGAAAUUUGAGAUGGGAAGAACUGACAAAGUUAGAUAAAGAAGCAAGAGAGAGAGAGAGCCAGCAAAUGAGGGAAAGGGCUAAAGGGAUGGAAUCCCUGAAGGAGAAGAGUGUGAGAGAAAGAGAGGUGCCGAUUAGUGUAGAAGUAUCCCAGGACAGCAGACCAGAGACGUCCCCUAAAGGUCUGCAGACACAGAUGCCAGUGAAGAAGGGUGCAGGUGCAGGUGGGGAGGCGGACACCAGAGAGGCACGGUUCAGGUUGGGCACUGGUGACACCACCAGCUCUCUGACAGGUGAUUGCAUGACAGAAACCAUAGCAGAAAACAUUGUUACCAGCAUCCUUAAGCAGUUUAGUCAGUCUCCAGAUACAGAAGCCACUGUUAAUUCUUUUCCAGACACAAAAGUCACUUACAUGGAGAGGAGAGAGCUACCUGGUGAAAGGAAAACAAAGACUGAAAUAGUUGUGGAGUCUAAACUGACUGAGGAUGUUGAUGUCUCCAAUGAAGCUGGCCUGGACUACCUUUUAAGCAAGGAUAUUAAGGAAGUGGGGCUGAAAGGAAAAUCAGCUGAGCAGAUGAUAGGAGAUAUAAUCAAUCUAGGUCUGAAAGGGAAGGAGGGGAGAGCAAAGGUGGUCAACGUGGAGAUCGUGGAAGAGCCUGUGAGCUACCUAGCUGGUGACAAGACAGAGGUGUUCUCUGUCCCAUUCAAGGUGGAAGAGGUCGAUGAUAUGUCUCCCGGUGCCAAGGAGCUUGUUGAGGAAGAGGAGAGUUACGAAGAAACUGACGUCAUGUUCUCAGUUAAUCAACGUCAGAGGACCAGGCAACCUCAGGAGAAGGUAGCUCACGUUGAAGAAGUGACAGAGGCAGGUGACUCGGAGGGAGAGCAGAGUUAUUUUGUGUCAACUCCAGAUGAACACCCUGGGGACCAUGAUAGAGAUGACAGCUCAGUGUAUGGGCAGAUUCACAUCGAGGAGGAAUCCACCAUCAGGUAUUCUUGGCAAGAUGAAAUCGUGCAGGGGACGUGGAGGAGAAAAAAAAGGGAUGAUGAGGCCGGUGAGAACGUUGUGCCCCUGGAUGUUCCAGCACCUUCUCUGGAAGGGGAUGCAGGUUCUGUUCACUGGAAAGAAGCUAGAAGUGGUGAAUUUCAUGCUGAACCAAUAGUCAUUGAAAAGGAGAUUAAAAUACCGCAUGAGUUCCACACCUCCAUCAAGGGCAUGUCCUCCAAGGAGCCCCGGCACCAGCUAGUGGAGGUGAUCGGACAGCUGGAGGAAACCCUUCCGGAGCGCAUGAAGGAAGAGCUGUCUGCCCUAACUAGAGAGGGACUGGGUGAGUCAGGGGGUGUUUCAGUCGAUGUAAAGAAAGUCCAGACCUCUGGUGGUGGUUCUGUGUCCUUGGUGGCUGAAGUCAGCCUCUCUCAGACUCUGGAUGCUGAUCAGUUAGACCUGGAGGAGUUGAGCAAAGACGAAGCUGGAGAAAUAGAGAAAGCCGUGGAGUCAGUGGUGCUAGAGAGCUUGACCAAGCGACAUGGCUCAGCACCAGGAAGCCCAGGCAGGGAAGGCAGAGCGGAGGCCUCGGCUGCUGGCAUCAAGCGCUGGGCCACCAGGGAACUGUACAGCACCUCUGGCGAGAGUGGGGGAGCUGGCGGGGCCUCCCAUGGUCCAGUGUCGGCCACUGUAGAAGUCAGCAGCCCCAGGGCCUUUGCUCAGUCACACGUGCUGGAGGAUGUGAGUCACUCUGUGAGGCACGUUAAACUAGGUCCCACUGAGAUCUGGAGGACUGAGCAAGUCUCGCAGGGAGGACCCACUACAGGAGUGGUGGAGGUAAGUGGGGGAGGUGACCUCAGGCAGGCAGUGAGCUUCACUCAAGCAUCUGGUCCCCAUCAGAGUCAAGCAUCCAAAGAAGCCUUCUUCCAAGGCCUUGCCCCUGCCUGUCAGGAGGGGGGAGGCACAGAAGACAUAAACCCAGCAGAGUUUUCCACAGAUACUCACGACAUACCAGGGAGGCACAGCACAUAUGGCUCCAACCAGUUUCGUGCUGAAAAGGAAAUUACCUUUCAGGGUCCCAUUUCUGCGGCAGGGAAGGCUGGUGAUUCCUUUGCAGGGGAAGAGGCAGUGGAUAUCCACACUUCCAUGAGGUACCUUCAGUUAGGCCCUAAAGGAGGGUUCACUGAGCAAAUUCAGUUUGUAGCCCCACUUCCAGGCAGAAUGGAGUCAGGUGUCAGUGGAGAUUCUGUGCACGACACGCCUAUCAGACAUGUCCGUAUUGAACCCCAGAGGCAUCAAACAGCUGAGCAGAUAGUUUACCACGGGCCAGUCCCUCAGCACGUGGAAUUUAGUGCCUCAGAAAGCAGCACUGUCUGCAGAGAGGGCUCAGCAGAUGUGAUCCAGGCCACUCAUAGUUACACAUUGGGGGGUAAAGCCCUUAUGACUGAAAAGAGUGCCCUCCAAAGGGUCAUUUCCAAAUCUUCUCAGGAUAAUGUGGGGGACAUGUCAGAGGCAGAAGUGACAUUGGGCAUUAGCAGAUCCUUUAGGCACAUUCAACUAGGUCCUCUCCCUGGUUCAGUAGACCCCUCUGAGCUGGGUGGUUUAGUGGAUGGUGGUGGAACACUAAGGCACGUUGCCCUGGGGCCCAAAGAAACUUCAUUUACCUUUCAGGUGGAUGUGAGUCACAUAGAGGCCACCCCCCGCUGGACACAAAAGGCAGGAAUGGAAGCAGAUGCUCACAGUAUGUCUGACCGUGGUGCUUGGAGAGACACGGACAGUAGGAAUGACCAGGCAGCUGGUGCAAGCUUUACAACCCCUGCGGGGGCUGGACACCAGGCCGACCGAGAGCAGGGCAAGGCGCAGGCAGAGUUUGAUAAAACUGUGCAGUUGCAGAGAAUGGUAGACCAAAGGUCGGUGAUUUCAGAUGAAAAGAAAGUUGCCCUCCUCUAUCUAGACAAUGAGGAGGAGGAGAAUGAUGGGCAUUGGUUUUGAUGCACAGAAAAUAUUUUGUUUUAAAUGACAUCUUAUUUGGUAACAUACCAACAUAC